UUAUUCUCUAUCUUCUCCCGUUAAGUUCAAAUCAACUGCUUCCAUUUGAUUUCUCGUCAGAGUUGGAAUCUCGAUCUAUAUAUUUCCUCUGUCUUUCUUUGUAACCAUGAUUCAUCAUUUGUGUGCAGAUAUGCCGGGUGAAGGUGCAAACCAGUCAGAGUGAGACAACGAGCCCUUCGUCGAAGUCGACCCAACCCGCAGGUACGGCCGUUACGACGAGCUACUGGGUUCCGGCGCAGUCAAAAAGGUAUACCGAGCUUUUGAUCAAGAAGAGGGCAUAGAGGUGGCAUGGAACCAGGUGAAACUGAGGAACUUCAUCAACGAUUCCGCCAUGACUGAAAGGCUUUACUCCGAGGUGAGAUUGUUGAAGUCCCUGAAGAACAAGGACAUUAUUGCUUUUCAUAACGUGUGGAGAGACGAGGAGAAGAAUACUCUAAAUUUCAUGACCGAGGUUUGUACGAGUGGGAAUCUGAGAGAGUACAGGAAGAAGCACAAGAACGUUUCGAUGAAGGCCUUGAAGAACUGGUCCUUUCAGAUCUUGAAAGAAUUGGAAUAUUUGCAUACACAUGCGCCCUGUGUGAUUCAUAGGGAUCUCAACUGCAGCAAUGUAUUUGUUAAUGGGAAUCUUGGCCAGGUGAAGAUUGGUGACUUGGGGAUGGCUGCAAUAGUAGGGAAGACUCACUCACCUCAUUUAGUGCUCGGAACACCAGAAUUUAUGGCGCCAGAAUGAACCCUUUAUGAAGAGCAUUACACUGAAAUGGUUGACAUAUACUCAUUCGGAAUGUGUGUGCUAGAGAUGGUGACCUUGGAAAUGCCCUAUGGGGAAUGCAAUAAUAUUGCCAUAAUAUACAAGAAGGUAACUUCUGGUGUGAGACCUCAGGCCAUGAACAAGAUCAAGGACCCGGAGGUGAUGGCAUUUAUCGAGAGGUGCCUGGUCCUCAAGGACCCUUUCUUUGAUGAGGUUGAUAACAACGAUGAUGACGAAAAUAAAUAACUACAUACUUAAUGAAUAGCAUAUAUUAAUUGUUUGAUGUGUUUAUUAGGCUACUAAUGAGUAUGGUAUUUCGGAGUGGAUGCUUUUGUUUUGGUUUCAAUGAUCGUCUUUGAACUUUAAAUUCAUAUAUUCUUAUAUAUGUUUUAUUAGUAGAGUGAAUAUGUUUGGAGAAUAAGCUCCUAUUCAUCAGAGACGAGUGUGUAUAAUUUCUGUGCAUAUGAUUUUAUUUGGCUU